AACGGUUCUCGAACUGAUUUUCUUUAACGAUUUGAAAAAAUUGAAAUUAAACGAGUAUUGUUGUUUUAAUUAAAUAUUGAGUUACGCGUGAACUAUUUUGCUUCCUCGACGAUUAUUCGUAUUAAAGAGUCGACGUUGGAAACCAUGCCAAACAAACAGCCAAAACUGGUUAAGCGUGGAGAAUGCGCAUAUUUAAAAUGUGUUUACUUAAAAGAUAGUUAAUAAAUUAAUUAUAGAAAAACUUGCAUCAAAUGCGUAAAAAUUGAUUCAUUUAUUUGCUAAUUCCUCUCGUUCUUUUCAUUUCGCUUCACUUUUUGCGGCGAAAAUAUUGCUAACAUGGUUGAGGUUGUGAAUAUUGAGCGCUUUGCGUCCUCAUCUAUGAUUAUGAUGAAUCAGAAAUUCUUCUCCAACAAGGUAACAUGGGGAAGUGAUAUCUGCGGUUGGGAGUGAGAUGUACACUUUUAGGAAGUAGUCCACCCACACAUUCUACUACAUACAAUAAUCCCAGGUGCCACUAGUUGAAGUUGGACAAUGUUUUUUAUAAGAAAUCGUUUGCGAUAAAAUGCCCGAGCGUCGAAUUUUUGUUCCACGAAGGCUACGUGGGAAUUCAUAUCCCGACGCACGGACUUUUUGUAGACUAAUUGACGGGUUCCUUUUACUUAUUAGCUUGACCGUGAAGUAAAAUAUACAACAGAUAAAACUAAAAACCAUCUGAUAAAAAUUUAGAAAAUAUUUUCGCAUUAUUAGAAGCGAAAAUGAGCAAAGAAAAUAAGAAAUGGAUAAUGUUAGAAAAAUUACGAGAUUUUUUUUUUCAAAAACAGAUCUAAAUUGAGAAACAGGCUAUGUCUUUGUCUAUGUACUUACUUUUAAUUUUGAGCCGCGGCUUUUAAUAAUCUCAAUCUGAGAAAUCAAAAGAAUUUCAGUUAUUUUUUGUGUUUGAACUUCUGUUGAGUUGGUUUUUUUUUUUUGAGGAAAUUAGUGAUUUUCGAAGAAGAAAAAAACGAGUACGUAUGUAGGUACCUAUGCUCGAUGAAUUUUCAUGAUUUUUGAAACCCCUUUUAUUUUCAUCUCUCGUGAAUUUUAUGAGAAUGAUCAAAAUAUCCCCAAGUAUGAAAGAGGGAUUUUUCUUCGGCUCCUCGUGAAAACCCUCAUUCCAACUGUUUGUACCCAAAAUGUUCGAUGAGUCGUGAUCACUACAUGAAAAAAUCUCCAUAAAAAAUUGACUCAGAAAAACUGAUAAACAAAGGAACCUUUCGAAGUGUCCGCCACUGGUUUGAACAGAACCGCGAUUUUCGGAAGAAAUGGUUUGAUCCCCUACCCCGCCCACUCUCCUCCCCAACCAAAAUUUCAGUCGCUCAAAACUGAUUUUUCGAUUUUAGCGAAGUUUUGAAGAUUCAAAAUCUCUCCAUUUUUGGUGAUGCAUUUUAUAUUUUUUCAUUUUUCAAGUAAGUGCAUAUUUAUUCAGUAAAUGAAAUAAAAAUUGACAAUUGACAAUUCUGAAGCUUACGCCGGAAUUUUCAAUUUCUUCAGAAAAAUGAAAAUUUAUCAGGGCAAUUGAAAAUCGAGUUUUGUGUUUUGGAUUAUUGUAUGAAAUCAACCCUCCGAUUCCGAAUUUCAUUACGAGUCUCCAGCAUAAUUCCAGUACCACCAAUAUCCAUUUUCAAUAUGCUGGUUUAUAAAAAGAAAAUUUCAAACAGGUCGAAAGUGACCCGAAAAUCGAUUUUUGCAUUAUUAAAAUUCAGUUGAAAUCGAAAAUCGCUUUGGGAGCUCCAGAAUUGUUGAAAAUUGUGAAAUUCGGUUAGGGAAGUUGAUAUUACAUAUGUAUGCUUAUUAGUUCUAGAACUAAUUUUCAUUAGUUUUACUCAAUACCAAAAUACUUUUUUUUUUCUCUUUGUUUUAAAGCAUAAAGCUAUGUUGUGACAGUUGUUCUGGUAUCAUCAAAGUGAACUUCGUUAAUUAUUUUAUAUUCCACAAAUUGAAUAAAUUUCUCUCGUAAAAUUUCUUAGAACUGAAAUUACGAGGUACAUGGGGACGAUUUGCCUAAAAUAACCCCAGGUCUGGUACUACCUCAAGGUGAAAUAUGUUGUUCGUUUAAUAUUGCGCGAUGCACGCGUAUACCUUUACCUACUACCUACAUACAUACUCGGUUUUUCAAGGGUCAAUGGAUAGUAUGAUUUGCAGUUCGAAGGACGUUCGAUUGGCGAAUUUCUAUGUCACAGGUAUCUCUUUUCGUACGAUGGCACUUGGCUAAAUAGUGAAGUGAAGUUCUCUCUUUCUGCGGGUAUAUUUCGGAUGUGCAUUGAUGUAGGUAUAUUUAUGAAUCAAAUUUACGUGGAUCUUUCCAAAUGAGAAACCGGUAUUUCUGCUUUCUUUAUCAUUGGUAAAGAUAAUGGCUCGUAUUGACGGUUCAAAUAUUUACCGCUUUGAUAUGGUAUGGUUUCGAGCAGCGGAUGGAGAGAAGAAGAGAAGCGUGUGAACCAUAUACGCGAUAAGCGACUGUAUGUAGAUUGUGUACUGUGUACGUAGACGUACAUAACGUACGUGCGUCUACGUAUAUGUGUGUAUUAUCAAAUUUAGUUGAUUUAAAGUGUGCCGAUAAACGUUAAUUAUUUGAAGUGUUCGUGUAACGAAUGACGUCAACGAUGAUAAAUUUGACGUCAUAGCGUAAAAGAGAAUUACAUUUAUAUUCAGCUUGACCGCCUACUGUCGUCGUCGUAGGUACGACUACUACGAGUUGACUAUAUGGCUUGCAUUCCUGGUUGUGGUUACCUGUGCACCGUGCACAUCUCUGAUUCGUUUGGCGGUGUCGUAUAACCAGUUAGAAUUGUCGUAGUUGACUCAGUUCCUUUUUUUGUCGUAAUUUUUUCAGAUAUACUGAUUGAGUGUAGGUAUACAUAUAAAGAGCAAAGCAAGACAAUUGCAGUUCCUUAAUUUCAUUUGAUUCAGAUUCAACAAUCGCAUCGCAAAAUAGGAUGGCUUCGUAAUUUUUUCAGUGAUUCGGAUAGACCAAUUUUCUUUGCUAUCUAACUAGGUACUCUAACAAAUCACUCGAUGUAUGGCCAAAUUUACGAUGCCAAAUAAUUUUACAAAUAUCAAGUUCUCACACCGUCGGUCAACUCGAAACUCUUGACCUCAAAUAAACAUUAAACAAACAUCACUUUCGUAAGUUUUCGUGACUAUCACUGUAUGAUGCAUUGAUGUAAUUUUUUAACCACCCAAAUUUCGAGUUCCCUGUGCCCUGUGCUAUUCGUGAGAGGUAGUAUUUGUAAGUGUAAUAUGAUUUGCGUAAUUCCCGUUUUCCGUCUUCGAUGUUUCAAAUUGAGAAGCAAGUAUGUACCUACUUCUCGCGGUAUUCUCCCGUACCAGAGGAAUGAGGUAUCCCAACUAACAGAAAAGUUUUUGAGCCCGAGAAAGUUGAAUCGAAAGAGCGUGCAAAAAUAUGUAAGUACAUCAUCGGCCGAAAUUUCUGGUACCGAAGUACAAUUUUCUAUGUGUGAUGAAUUUUUGAAAAACAAAGGGUCAAAAAUGGGAAAAAAUCGAAAUUUUACAAAAUUGACCUAGAAAGCCGAAUGUUUGUGUGCUCUCUACUUAAGAGUCGCUCUAAAUGUUUUGCACAGUUUUAGAGCCUCCUGCAAAUUUUUGAAAGUUGAAAUUUCCAUAAAAUUUUACCUUAUGAAGUUGAAAAUCUGAAAUUCACUUUAUACGCAAAUGUAAACAUACUAUUUUAUAAAUUUCACAUUUUCAAAGAAAUCAACACUAGUUAAACUGUUAAAUGCAUCCUCACGUUUUCGUCCUGAUAAAUCACCCCCCCCCCAUGUUUGCUUGUAUGAUACCGGCGCUCCAAGCGGAUGCCUGGCCCAAAUUGAAAUGAAUUCUCGGAUGUACGCGUAGGUGUAGGUAUAGAUGUUGGACUUGAAAAAACUAUAAGUUUUGGAGCACAUUUUGUUUGUUUUCUCAAUUUUUUGCUCAUAAUUUUCGAACAUUCUACUGACCACGUGAGGUGAUUUGACUUUAAUACGCCUUGUUGAUCGAAUUUUAUAAACAGUGGUGGAAAAACACUCGCAUUAAUAACAUAUAAAAAAAGAACAAAUCGUUCGAUAAUUUUCAUCUUUUUGAAUCUGUACGGAUUAUUAUCUAUUUUUCUAAAAUUUUAAGUCUCGUGGAUUCGUAGUUCAGCAAACCUGCAAUUACAUAAUAAAACGUACAUACGUAUCCAUUAGGUUUCGUUUCAGAUUCGAGUACGAGUGCUUAGAGCCGCUACAAUAACAACAAUAACAUAUCGUGAAAAAAAAAUAAAGAGGAACAGCGCGUAAAUAUCCGUUAUUACAUUACAAAUUAUACCAAGUACAUGCCUAUUUCCACACUUCUACUUGCAUUACACUCGUUUUAUUCGUGUUCAAUGUUAUUUUGAACGUCAUGUACAUAUGUAGAUGCGAAUUUAAAAACAAUUUAUCCGCAGGUAGGUAAUGCCGAAAUUCAAUUUCUAGAUUGAAUUUCAUUCGCCAAUAUUUAUCUAAAUCUUUGCAAAUAAGCGCAUUACGAUUAUCCGGUACCUACUUGAAAUGAUACAUGCGGCGAGUAUCGAAAUUAUUCGGACGAGUGCGAUAAUUAUUGUGGGUUCCAAAUUCGAUAGUGCCAAUUAUUUUUCUUAGGAACAGGAUGCAAAAACAAAAAGUCGAAGGAUGUUUAAUCAUUCGACAUAAUGAUGUAUACCUAGUUUGUAGCCUAUCAUAAAAAUCUGCAGGAGUAAUAUGAGCUUCAGGUUAUAUUUUUCCACAUAUGUUCGAUUAUUGCCAUGUUUUCAUUUACUCCUUCUGCUUAUUGAUUAUGCAACUUAUUCGAUUUUUUCCCGUAUACUUUAUGAGGGCGUGGUGGUUUGAAGUGUACAUAUGUACAAUGUACAUGUAAUGUACAUCACUGAUCGAGACUAAUGUUGAAAAGUGAUGACGACCUACAAAGAAUUUUCGAAAAUUUCAAAAGGGACGGCAGAAAUUGAAAUCUUUAUCCAGUACCUUACCUACCUCUCGAUUUAACUGUCAAACUGUACAUUUUUGAAAGUUUUUGACCUGUUUUGUCUGAAGAAGAUUUUCCAGGUUGAAAAUAUGCAGAAAUUUAAUUCAUCGGAGCAGAUCACUUUCUCAAUUCUGAGUAGAAUUUUCAAUUCACAUUAAUUUUGUGAUUUUUUUCCACUGAAGGAGAAAAAUGUAAUAUCCUUGAAUCAGGACAUGAACAUCUUUUUUUGUAAGAAUACUAGAUGCACGAGGCUGAGGCUUUAGCACGCAGUAAUCUGAGUAUUCAUAUGGAGGCUUAAGGAAAAAAAUGUGAUAUUUUGGUUUAAUCGAUUAUACACAUUCGUUUGUAUGGCUUGUUAAAAUACUUGUAUUCUACAAUUUUCAACCUCAAUUAUGGCAAUUGUUUUCGGUUUUUCUUAUUAGUAUUAUUAAUAAGAUGGAUCAACUUUGUUCAUAAAUUCAUUGAUAUGAAAAAAUGAACAAUAUUGGAUUAAUUGUAACUGAAGGAUCGUAUAUUUUUAUUAAACGCAAAGAACUAAAGAUUUGAUUCAAGCGCAUGUGUGACUUGCACUGUAAAAAGAUUCCUUACCUGUUGAAUAAUCAUUUAGGUAUUUUGAACCACAAAUUUUCAUCAAAUGUAAUUUUUCCUUGUUUUUAUACAGGUUGAAAAUAAAUUGUGUCGCCAAACCCACAAUUUUGAAAAAAUAAAAAAUUGCUUGUUGGAAAUUAAAACUUUGUAUUUUCCAUUAUUUUCAAUUGAGAUCUUUUUCCCAUGGGAAUGGUGAUUGAAUGAAACACGAAUUUCUCAAUAAAGUGAAUCAAAUUUUGUGUAUAGUCGUUUUUCUAGUUGACUUGUUGGUUGAGGAGAGAGAGAGUGUGGUGGAAGGAGUUAUUAAAAAACCAUAUUCUCUUGUUUGUCAAAAAAGUAGGCUUCAAAGUUCGAAUACAACCUAGGAGUAGAAAUUUCUUCACAUUUUUCAUGUACGAGUUACCAGUUGUUGAACUACUGAAUCACUUUAUUCCCUCAUCCAUGUAGAACAGGCUACAUAAAGCUUUUCGCAGCACCAUCACCUCCUUCUUAAACCAAAGAUCAUUGUCAUCAUUUACGUGUAACAACUUUCCAAAUCGUCUGGUUAAAUCGCUUUCAGACUCGAAUAAAAAUUCCAUAGAAAUACGACUUUGCCAACAGUUUGCUUUGUCAUUCGAUUACAACAUACAAAGCUCUUUGAACUCACGUUUGUUAAAAUGGAUGAAAUGACCAAUAAGACAUCCAAGAACCCUUUUUUCAAUUUCCUAAAACAUUUUCGAGCUCGUGCGCAAAACCGUAACAAAUCCGCAUGUGAAAGCGCAGUUGAUGGAGCGCGCGUCUGGAAUAGGAUGAGCAAGAGGCAACGAGAGCCUUUUGUCGAAAUGUCUGUACCCAUGCGUGAUUCAAGGCUGCGACGAACAGCUUCGAGAGGGCGAACAGUUUCAAGGGCCAGCACAGCAGCACCACGGACCACCAGAAAUCGAACGACGAAAUCAACAGCGAGGACCAGACAUUCGGCUAGUCGUAUUCCGACAAACGUAAGCAGAUCUCGACCAUUUGUGCGACAAGACUCAUAUGGCAAAAUGAGAAAGCAGCACUCCGCAAAGAAAGCCCGUGUACCUCCGAGGGGCUCAAAAAGUAGUCCAGGCAAGAAAGGCGGUAGUAAGAGUGCCAAAGGUGCAAAAUCGCCCAGUACAACGAAGAAAGGUACUACACCAAAAAGUGGCAAAAAGAAAAGCUUGACUUCUAAGAAGUCUGCAGGCAGCCCAACAGGUACCAAAGGUGGAGCGUCUAAAGCAGGUACGAGCCCUGGCAGUCCAGGUACUCAGGGUACUCAAGGUACUCAAGGUACUCAAGGGUAUCCACCGAGUCCGUAUGGCUACACGAGUCCUCAAGGUGGACCACCAAGUGGUCAAACACGUGCUGGUUAUGGGGGCCGAUCGACGCAACCGGUGCAAAUGGGUUAUCCACCACCUCCUCAGCAAGGAUUUCAGCCUUGUCUACCAACCUGUCCGCCGACUUGUCCACCAACUUGCCCUUCGAUGUGUCCGCCAUCCACAUGCCCACCAUCCACAUGUCCGCCGCCAACUUGUCCACCGACGUGCCCGCCGACAUGUCCACCUACGUGUCCUCCAACUUGCCGGACAGCUGUUUGUUAUCCGCCCAAUGCGCCCAUGAAUCAACAGAUCUCUCCAAUGCGUAGCAAAGCUCCGGCGCUAGCGCCUGAAAUCAUGGCUCAUGAGACUUCACCCAUUGGCGCCAAAAGAGCUGGCGGUUGCUUAUGUCCGCCGUCUCCGACACCUUCACAACAAUGUGAACAAUGCCGAUCCUGCAGACAACCGGGUGAUAUACCGCCUCCUAUUGUGUACGAUUAUGACGGAGAUAUAACAGUGAGUCGUGUACCAGAUGCUACUCCUCAGCUCAAUGCUUCUCGCAAAUCGCGAAAACGACCUCAUACCAAAGAAUCACGCCAAAAGCCACGUUCAAAAAAGCAGCAAGGUGGCUAUAAACCAAAUGAUUCUGGAGCAUCGGGUAGUUCUUAAAAUUAAUUUUAUCGAGUUUAUUUUUUAUUAUUUUAAAUUUCUACAUUUUGAUGUAAUUAUUGUCGAAAAAAUAUAAAUAUUAAAUUUUGUUAAAGUCAAGGAAUAAGUUGCAUUUUAAUGAUAGGAUGAGCUGGUUAUUGCGUAUUCUGUUUCAACUUUUAGUUGCCCAUUAAAUUUACCUUGUGCAUUAGUUUGCAAACUAUAGGAAUUGAGGGGACAGGUUAUGGAUGUCAGUGAAAAUUUUUUUGUAGCUUCGAGCGCGUUUAAUUUCAAAUAUUUUUUUUCUAGCAUCCUUUUUUCUUUGCUGUAGGUACAAAAAUUUCAACAAUUUUCAUCAAUUUCGAUACCUUUAUUGUUCAUUACUUCAGAGAAGUUGUUUUUUCACAACUCCAGUCAAUAAAGACGCCAGCUUAUGUUCAUGCAAUGUUGAAAAUCAUAACAUUGACAUCUGUGGCGAAGAUUAUGAUAAUUUUGAAAAUUUUGAUGCCCAAGUCAACGUUAAGGCUCUUUUAUAAUGAUGAUUGAAAAACUAGCAAAAGUAAUUGAAAAGUUGAAAUAUUCCAACGUUUCAAUGAAAAAUCACAGAAAUUUAAAUUUACUGAUUAGUGAUAAUAAAUGGUUUCAUUGAAAAACGACAGACGAACUUUUCAAUUAUUUUAUUUCGUGUUUUUUAAUUACCAUUAUAAACGAGGUUUUACUUACUGUUUGACCAAUAUUUAAAAUUCAAGCGACAAACGAUGUUGAAAAUUCUCAUUGUCAGUCACACAAUGUUGCAAUAUUAAAACAUAUGUAGAAUUAAUGGAAAGCGCUUUUCGCUGUCGUGUCGUAAUCAAAAAAUUGUGCGAUACAUACUUUUUCGUACAUUAGUUAUCAACAUUCGAACUCAUAAUGUUUGUAAAUCUGUCUCAGGUUUUGCAAGAUCAAUGAUACGAGAAUUUUAGAAUAGGUACAUUCAAAAUUUGAACAAAAUUAAAACACCUGUUGUUUGUCUGAAAUUAGUAGGCUGUAUUUGAGUAAACCUAUUUACCUACUAUUUGUCGAAAUGAAAAAUAUUCCAUCGAGAAUUUCAAUCAUUGGCUGAUAUCUUAUCUGACGAGCAGUAUUCGAACAUUUCUUCUACCCCUAGAGGAAUGAAUUAUUAAUUAGAAAACCGAAAACCGCCGCAAUUGAGAAAACAUUCAUCCCCCUCUCUAACCCGAUUAUCCCGUUCACCAUAGCGAAUUUCUUCAACUUCCUAUACGCGAAAGUUCAUCAGAAUCUCAC